AUGGACAACGUGAAUUUGGAACGUAUUGAUGAAAUCACACAGACGAAGAAUUCAUUACAGCAGUAUGUAUUGGACAACCACAUGGAAGACCUUGUCCAGAUUUUAUUGGAAGAAGAUGAUGAAGAUCAUUACUCUAUUUCUGUUCAUGCUUUGUCCUUGUUUGAAAUUGACAUGUCAAUUUGUGACAUGCUCCUGUCCCAGUCUGAGAAGCUACUUCCUAUCUUUGAUGCUGCCUUGGUGGAGGCACAGACUUGUCUGAUGGAGAAACAUCCUGAAAAGCAUCAAAUGAGUCUAAAGAAAAAUGUUCAUGGCCGAGUGAUGUCACUACCUGUCUGUCCAGAGCUGACCAGGACAACUUUGCCUCGGACAUCAGAUGUUGGCAGUUUUUUAUCUGUUAAUGGUACUGUGAUCCGCACAACUGUGAUGAAGAUGUUAGAGUUUGAGAAAGAUUACAUCUGUACUAAGUGUCGAUCUGUUAUCUCUGUUAGGGCAGAUUUUGAGCAGUUUUAUGCAGUUUCCAAACCCAGUAAAUGUACCAAUGAAAUCUGUAACUCCACCACAUUCUCUCCUCUCUGUGAUACAGGUUCACAGCCACUGAAAUGUCGAAACUACCAGGAGAUUAAGGUACAGGAACAGGUCCAGAAGCUAGCAGUGGGUACCAUACCCCGAUCUAUGUGGAUCACACUGGAAGAUGACUUGGUGGAUAUUUGUAAGGCUGGUGAUGAUGUCAUUAUCUGUGGAACAGUGCUGAGACGAUGGAGACCUGUGACUGCUGAUGCUCGCUGUGAAAUUGAGAUUGUCUUGAAAGCAAACCAUGUCUUAGUGACAAACGAACAGAGGAACACGGUGUUGAUCACUCAGGAAGUUAAAAAAGAGAUAGCCACCUUUUGGGAACAGCACAAAUCCUGUCCACUGAAAGGUCGUAACCAGAUUUUGGCUAGCCUAUGUCCACAGGUGUAUGGGUUGUAUGUGGUCAAGCUGGCAGUCGCAGUGGUGUUGGCUGGAGGGGUACAGAGGAUUGAUGAGUCUGGAACUCGUGUACGAGGAGAAAUACAUAUGCUUAUGGUUGGAGACCCAGGUACUGGAAAGUCACAGUUUAUGAAAUAUGCAUCAAAGAUAACACCUAGAUCUGUACUGACCACAGGAAUAGGGAGCACCAGUGCUGGCCUCACUGUCACAGCAGUCAAGGACAGUGGUGAGUGGCAGUUGGAGGCAGGGGCCUUGGUGCUGGCAGAUGGCGGACUUUGCUGCAUUGAUGAGUUUAACAGUAUCCGGGAACAUGACAAGGCCAGCAUACAUGAGGCCAUGGAACAACAGUCUAUCAGUGUAGCCAAGGCAGGAAUGGUAUGUAAACUGGACACCAGAACUACUAUACUGGCAGCUACAAACCCCAAGGGACACUACGACCCAAAUGAGUCGUUAUGUGUGAAUGUGGCUCUAGCCAGUCCACUCCUGAGUCGAUUUGACCUUGUCCUUGUCCUACUGGAUACUCAGAAUGAGGAUUGGGAUCGGGUUGUGUCCAGCUUCAUUCUAGAAAACAAAGAUCCACUCGGUGACAUCGACAUGAAGCAGUUAUGGGGGAUAGAGAAAAUGCAGGCUUACCUGUCUCUGGUCAAGUCUAUAAACCCUCAACUGACUGAGGACUCAAGCAGGGUCCUUAGAGAGUACUACCGAGCCCAGAGAGGAGCAGAUGACAGGAACGCUGCCAGAACGACUAUGAGACUUUUACAGAGUAUGAUACGGCUGUCACAGGCUCAUGCUCGUCUGAUGUUUCGAGACACAGUGACAGUCCAAGAUGCUGUUUUAGCUGUUACUUUGAUGGAGUCCUCUAUGCAGGGUGCUGCUUUGCUGGGUGGAGUCAACGCUUUACAUACUUCCUUCCCGGAGGAUGCUGGAGAGGAGUACAAAAUACAAGCUGAGAUGGUGUUGAAUAGACUUAAUCUACAUGAUCUACUGGAGCAGGAGAUGGUGAGGCUGAAGGAAGAGGAAGAAUCUGGUGGGACUGGGUCUGAGGGAGGGGGCAGUACCCAGGGGCCUGGAAACUGUGAAAUCUCACCUUCUGGUCAAAAUUCAAUAACAGAGACAGAAAAUAUGCAACAAAAUGUGUUCAGAUCACAGAUAAGUGAUAGUUCAGGCUUACUCCAAGGUAAACACCAUAUAGAUGCAGGUCAGAACUUAGGAAUUGAACCAAUCAGUGAUUUGGAUAUUCAAGGUCAUGGAGCAAAAGGCGUGUCUCAUGAUAACCAAGGAAAAGUGGGACAUAAGAAUGUAAGACAAGGAUCAGCCAUGGAUGUGAACAUUGACAGCCAUGAAGUAAAGUCACCAGUGGAUCAUAUGGCUAAAUCGGGGAAAGUCAAUGUUGUUAUGGAGAAAGAAAGAUCCAGGCCACAGACUGAAGGAAGCAGAAAAUCGUCUUCUGAUUCGGACAGCCUUGACUUGGCUCUCACAGAUCUGUUAAACACCAGUGUAGAUGAUAGCUCGUCCAGUAUAGGUUCUUUUGCUGCUCCCUCUGUGGGACUGACUCCGACCUUCCUGAGUCCAAGACCUCAAACUUCCACACAACUAUCCCAGCGAGAACUGAGGGACCCGAAGGAGUGUCCUAACAUCAGUUUGUCUGACAUGUCUGACAUUGCUGUGUCUCCGGACCAUAGAUUUCUAACACAGAGAAAAGAGAUGAUUUCCACUCAAUCUGUUACACGGGCAAUUCAGAAUCGUUUACUAGAAGAGAAAAAUAGAAAAAUGGUUUCUAAAGAAAACAGCCGAGCAUCUGGCUCAGAUAUAUUAGAUAUAUGUGACAAGGACCACCAAGGCAAACUUGUGUAUGUGAAAGAUACAGGUGUUGAUAAACCGAAAGCUGGAUCAAAGAAGCUGGUGUCAAAGCUACUCAGUAAAAUAGAAGCAUCUAAAAAUGAGAGAGGGUCAUCAGAAAAUUUAUCUAAAUCUGAUGAAAACAUUGAAAAGAAUGCUUGCAAACGGUAUUCAAAAGAAAAUCAGGAAGUAUCUACAAAGACACACACAGACAUAGAAAUUUCUAUGGAAAGCAAAAGUACAGGGGAUAGAGCUAACGGUGAUGCUAAAUGUCACAGUGUGUCGAACAAAACAAUGUCAAAGUUAUCGAGAUUUAUGUUUGGUUCCUCCUCAAUGUCAACAGCAGACAGAGAGGGUGAAGACUCUGAGAUAAUUGUAGACGAUAGUCUUCUGUCAGAUAAUUCAGUAGAGGGAAAUAUCAUUAACAAAUCUGGGCACAAACGGAAACGCAGUGGACAAGACAGUGGGAUGUCUGAAAGCAUGCUUUCUGGUCAUCUCUGGACAGACGGGAUCGAACAAUCUUCUCACAGUGUAAUUUCAUGCUCGCAGUCAACUGAUGCUGACAGUAAAUUAGAGAAAUCAUUUGGAUUAGGAACAAGUGAAUUAGACAUUGUAGAAAAUUGUAACAAAAAAGCACGGGUUUUGAAAGACAAUUUGUUUGUUAAAUCUAACCAAAGUAAGCUGGAGUCAUUUCCUGCAGAUAGAGAGUCAAAUAAAAUAUGUAAGGAUUUGAAUUUAAGCAAGUUCAAGUUCUCCCGUAAAACUUUGUCAUGUAGGUCUGAGCAGGCACCUCAGACUGAAAGUAGUGAAAGUCUGAAAGGUAAACUUUACGACUCAAAGAAAAGUCACCUUAUCUCGCACAACAAGGAGCCAUCACAAACACUGAACAUUGCACAAACCACCUCCAGCUGUCCACAACCAUUGAAAACAAGUGCACCUAGUUCAUCACAGGUUACACCCAAGAUGCCCUGUUCUAUGCUAACAAGUCCUGCCUGGCUCACCAGUCUGAACUCCAAGAAGCCAUCUCCAAUGUUUUCAACAUCCAGCAAUGUAGAUAGUGACUUAGACGACCUUGACCUGGAACUAGACUGA